AUGUCUAAAUUUUUACACUGCAAUUGUUUCUUGUUUCUGCUUCUUUUCACGAGCUUUAUCUUUGCCAAGCGCAUAGUUCUCGACUGGGACCUGACAUACGUGCAGGCAAGCCCCGACAACCAGAGCGAGCGGCGGGUCAUCGGCGUCAAUGGCAAAUGGCCACCACCCACAGUGCACGUCAACCUCGGAGACACGCUAAUAAUAAACGCGCACAACUCUUUAGACGAGGCCACAUCCCUACACACGCACGGUUUCUUCCAAAAUGGCACCAACUUUUACGACGGCGCGGUCGGCGCCACCGAAUGCGGUAUAGCGCCAAACAGCACGUACUCGUAUGAAAUAAACGUGACGCAGACAGGAACGUACUGGAUACACAGCCACUACAUGGCGCAAUACGUCGACGGGUUGCGCACACCGCUGAUAAGCCAUCCGCCGAAGGAGCACUACGAUUACGACAAGGACAUUGUGGUCAUGCUGGAGGCGUGGUAUAACCGCUCAUCGCGCGACAUACGCGAUCAAUUGCUGAGCACCAGUGAGAGAAUCCGUACUGCGCCAUUCCAACCCCAAAUGCUUAUUAACAGCGUUGGUGGCCAAAACACAAACCAAACAAAAUUGGAGAUGCGGCCUGGCAAAAAGUAUAGGCUACGGCUGAUCAACGUGUCCGGCACUGCCAUGGUGCGCUUUGGCAUCGAGGAUCACAAGCUCCAGGUCAUCGAGGUCGACGGAGUCGAUACUGAAAUCAAGGAAGUCAACAGCAUGCAGUUGUCGGUUGGUCAACGCGUAUCGGUGCUGGUGACAGCCAAAAACACAACUCAGUUCAACUACGUCUACCACGCUGACAUCUUCACUGACAUUCAGCUGGGCGUUGCUCGAUCCGAAAUCCCGUACAUGGGGAUCGUCGAGUAUUCGCCCGACGCCGAAUUAAAGAACGACACUGCGAGGAGCUCUGUGGACUGGGACUUUUUCGAGGACAUCGACCUGGUGCCGAUCGAAAGGACCCCGCCACCAGGUGUGCACAAAUGGGUACCGCUCGAAGUGCACACGUCAAUAUUCGAUGACCGUAGGGAGCACUUGGCCUUCAAUAACCGGACGUAUAAUCCGCCUAUCGUGCCAUCGCUCGUCACGGCACUGACCACAGGAUUCCAGGCGUACUACCCCGAUGUCUACGGGUUCAAGUCCAACCCAGUGGUCCUGGACCCACUGACGGACGUCGAAGUCGCCAUCUUCAAUCUCGACGUCAACUCGCACCCGUUCCACCUCCACGGCCACAACUUCUUCAUCAUGGCCCGAGGCACAAUAGACAGGAACCAGAAGAAUCGCAUUGCGGCUGCGAAAUUCCCCAUCCGCAGAGACACAAUUACGGUUCCGCCGAUGGCAUACGCGAUUGUCCGGUUCCGUGCUGAUAACCCGGGGGUCUGGCUGUUCCACUGCCACAUGCAGUUCCACGCUGAACAAGGACUGGCUAUGACCUUUGUCGAGGCCCCGUUCAGGAUUGCUGCCAACACCACGCUGCCACAGCAGCUCAGGCAGAACUGCGAUUAUAUGGGAGUUCCGACACAAGGCAACGCAAUGGGCCGACAUGGGCUGGACAUGCACAGUGAGGUGCACGGCCCCUUUCCGAUAGCUGGACUCUAA